UGUUUUCAGCUGAAAUGAUGGCAAUGGCAAUGGAAGAGGAAGAGUUGUUGGGGUUGUUUGAAGUGAUGGAAGCUCUUCUUGAUGAUCCUGAAUGGUCACAAGCACAUCCCCAACCAUGCACUGAAACUCCAUGGCCUGGUGUUGAGUGUGAAGUUAGCACUGAUGACCCUCAAAAUCCAAUAUUUCAUAUCACAAAGAUCCACAUUGGUCCUGAUAUAGUUUCACCACCUUGCAAAUCUUCUGCAUACAUAUCCAAAUCCUUGAUCAAGCUGAGUUACUUGAAAACUCUUUCAAUCUUCAACUGUUUUGUUGAUUCACCUGUGACUCUACCAUCAACACUAUUUGGUUCUUUCUCUUCCUUGGAACACCUUGCCUUGCAGUCUAAUCCAACCCUCAAUGGAGAACUACCUUCAAGUUUGGCUGAAGUGUCUUCUCUUAGGGUCCUAAGCUUGUCCCAGAACAGCUUUCAUGGAAAGAUUCCAAGAAAGAUUGGUUCUUUGCCUUGUCUAGAGCAACUUGACCUCAGUUACAAUAACUUCAGUGGUCAAAUCCCAUUGGAAAUUGGAGGGUUGAAGAGUCUGACCAUUUUGGACAUUAGUUUCAAUGGAAUUGAAGGCAAUCUUCCUCAUUCUCUUGGACAACUUAAACAACUUCAGAAGAUGGAUUUGAGCUCAAAUAGGCUUGAUGGUAGAAUACCCUUUGAUUUGGGAAUGCUCAAGAGGUUAGUGCUGCUUGAUCUGAGUCAUAAUUUCAUUGUUGGUCCUAUUCCUCAAAGCUUGUCAAGUUUGGAGAAUUUGGAGUAUUUAAUAAUGGAUGACAACCCCAUCAAAGCAAGGAUACCAUUCUUCAUAGGAAGCCUUUUGAAGCUCAAAUCAGUGAGUUUCUCAAGGUGUGGCUUGGUUGGUCCCAUACCCAAUUCUUUCUCUGCAUUGAAGAACCUUUCAGCUCUAUCCUUAGAUAACAAUAGCCUAACGGGACAAGUUCCAUCAAAUUUAGGCUUGCUUCCUAACUUGGAUCAACUGAAUAUUAGCAACAACAUGCUGUAUGGUGUUCUAGAGCUGAAUGGUGACUUCAUUGCAAAGCUUGGGGAAAGGUUGGAUGUGAGAGGGAACAAUGAACUAUGUAUCAGUGAUCUGCAAAACAAGCAUAACCUCUCUUCAUACUUGGAAAUCCCCUCUUGUAUGAGCAUGAGAACAAUAAAUGGCACA